AUGGCCAAGGGAAAGGUGUGCCUGGCUUACUCUGGUGGUCUUGACACCAGCACCAUCCUGGGAUGGCUUCUCGAGCAGGGAUAUGAGGUCGUCUGCUUCCUUGCCAACGUCGGCCAGGAAGAAGACUGGGAGGCUGUGAAGGCCAAGGCAGUCCAGAUUGGCGCCACCAAGAUGAUCAUCGAGGAUCUCCGGAAAGAGUUCGUCGACGAGCUCUGCUACCGUGCUAUUCAGUGCAACGCCAUCUACGAGGGCCGCUACCUUCUGGGUACCUCUCUGGCCCGCCCUGUCAUCGCUCGUGCUCAGAUGCGAGUUGCUGAGCAGGAGGGCUGUGACUUCGUCUCGCACGGCUGCACUGGCAAGGGCAACGACCAAGUCCGCUUCGAGCUUGCUUUCUACACUAUCAACCCCGAUAUCAAGGUGAUCGCCCCAUGGCGCGACCCUACAUUCUUCAAGCGAUUCGCUGGCCGCAAUGACCUGCUCGACUUCGCUGCCGAGAAGGGCAUUCCUGUCACCAGCACCAAGGCUAAGCCUUACUCCAUGGAUGCCAACAUGGCCCACUGCAGCUACGAGGCUGGAAUGCUCGAGGACCCUGACCAGACCCCUCCCACUGACAUGUGGACGAUGACGGACGAUCCCGAGACCGCCCCCAACAAGCCUGAGGACAUCCACAUCACCUUCGAGAAGGGUAUCCCCGUCAAGCUGCAGACUCUGGUCGACGGCAAGACCUACACCGAGAGCGUCGAGCUCUUCACCAAACUCAAUGCUAUUGGCAAGCUCCACGGCAUCGGCCGUAUCGACAUCGUCGAGAACCGCUUUAUUGGCCUCAAGUCCCGAGGCUGCUACGAUUCCCCCGCCAUGACCAUCCUCCGCCUGGCCCACCUUGACCUCGAGGGCCUGGUCCUGGACGGCCAGCUGCGCUCUCUUCGUGACACUUUUGUCACCCAGAAGUGGAGCGAGCUCCUGUACAACGGCAUGUACUUUUCUCCUGAGCGUGAGUGGCUCGACACCUGCCUGGUCGCUGCGCAGGACCGCGUGAAUGGUCUGGUUCGUCUCCGGUGCUACAAGGGCAACGCGUACGUCCUCGGUCGCAGCUCCGAGACCGAGAAGCUGUACGAUGCCGAGGAGGCAUCUAUGGAUACCCUCGACAACUUCAGCCCCGAGGACACGACUGGAUUCAUUGGCAUCACCUCGAUCCGCCUUAAGAAGUAUGGUCUGCAGAAGCGUGCCGAGGGCGGUCUCAUCAACCCCAAAUAG